GGCGGCGGUAGCGCUAAGAAGGAGGAGAAGGGCAAGAACAUCCAGGUGGUGGUGCGGUGCAGGCCUUUUAAUGCUUCAGAACGUAAAGCAAGCUCCUAUGCUGUUGUAGACUGUGAUCAAGCAAGAAAGGAAGUUAGUGUCCGCACUGGAGGAGUGACAGAUAAGACAUCAAGAAAGACUUACACAUUUGAUAUGGUUUUUGGAGCUCAGGCAAAGCAAAUUGAUGUAUACCGGAGUGUGGUGUGUCCCAUUUUGGAUGAAGUUAUUAUGGGCUACAACUGUACAGUGUUUGCUUAUGGCCAAACUGGUACUGGUAAGACCUUCACAAUGGAAGGGGAGCGGUCACCCAAUGAGGAAUAUACUUGGGAAGAGGAUCCACUAGCAGGUAUAAUACCCCGUACGUUGCAUCAAAUAUUUGAAAAACUCACAGAGAAUGGUACCGAAUUUUCAGUGAAAGUCUCUCUUUUGGAAAUCUAUAAUGAGGAGCUUUUUGAUCUUCUGAAUACUACUCCUGAUGUUGGAGAAAGACUGCAGAUGUUUGAUGACCCUCGAAACAAGAGGGGUGUAAUUAUUAAAGGAUUGGAAGAAGUAACUGUACACAACAAAAAUGAAGUCUACCAAAUCCUGGAAAGGGGUGCAGCAAAAAGAACAACUGCAGCUACUUAUAUGAAUGCAUAUUCCAGCCGUUCCCACUCUGUGUUUUCGAUUACCAUCCAUAUGAAAGAAACGACGGUAGAGGGGGAAGAACUUGUUAAAAUUGGGAAGCUAAACUUGGUUGAUCUUGCAGGAAGUGAAAACAUUGGUCGUUCAGGGGCAGUUGACAAAAGAGCUCGUGAAGCUGGAAAUAUCAACCAGUCUCUCCUGACACUAGGAAGGGUUAUUACUGCUCUAGUAGAAAGAGCCCCACAUAUUCCAUACAGGGAAUCUAAACUCACAAGAAUCCUUCAAGACUCUCUUGGAGGACGAACCAAAACAUCUAUAAUUGCCACAGUUUCUCCUGCAUCUGUAAAUCUUGAGGAAACAUUGAGUACACUGGAGUACGCCCACAGAGCAAAGAACAUAAUGAACAAGCCUGAAGUUAAUCAGAAGCUAACAAAAAAAGCUCUUAUUAAGGAAUAUACUGAAGAGAUUGAACGUCUGAAGCGAGACCUUGCUGCUGCACGAGAAAAAAAUGGAGUCUAUAUUUCCCUUGAAAAUUAUGAAGCCCUUAAUGGGAAGUUGACAGUUCAGGAAGAACAAAUUGCGGAGUAUAUUGACAAAAUCGGUGUCAUGGAGGAAGAAGUGAAAAGAAUCACUGAACUAUUCACAGUUAGUAAAAAUGAACUGGAACAGUGUAAAACAGAUCUGCAAAUCAAGGAGAAAGAACUGGAAGAAACACAAAAAGAUCUGCAAGAAACCAAGGUUCAUCUGGCUGAAGAAGAAUAUGUGGUUUCAGUUUUGGAAAACACUGAACAAAAACUUCACAGCACAGCUAGCAAGUUACUUAGUACAGUUGAAGAAACUACAAAAGAUGUAUCUGGUCUGCAUGCGAAACUGGAUCGUAAGAAGGCUGUUGAUCAACACAAUGCUAUCAUCCAAAAUACAUUUGCAGGACAAAUGAAUGUUUUGUUCAAUAAAACACCAGAUUCAGUUAGCGAAAACAGUUUGAAGCAGCAACAGAUGUUGACAUCUUACACAAAUUUUAUAGGUGAACUUCUGUCUACCAGUUCUUCUGCAGCUAAUAUUCUUGCAUCAGUUGUAUCAGCAUCUUUCGCCUCUGUUAAAGAAUUGGUGUCUACUGAAGUUUCUCACCUGUCUGAAAAAAUAACACAACAUGAGAAUCUAUCACUUGAUUGUAAAGCUGAGCUGCUGAGACUAAUUGAGGAACAUACAUCUGGAUUAGGAAGAGCAUUAAAUAGCUUGACACCAAUGGUAGAAUUUGUCUUGGGGCUAAACAGUCAGUUUCAGAUUAACAUGAAGAAAUAUUCUGCUGUGACUGACAAGAUGGAGGGUCAUAAAAAGGAAAUGGAUACCUUCUUCGGAGAUCUUUCUCUCACUCUGAAAAAAUUACAUGAAGAAACGGCCAGUGUUUUUGCUCAGCUUCAGAAUGAUUGUGAGAAUUUGAAAGAAGAAGUGGAAAUGUCGAGGUUGGCACAUACAAAGAGUGCAGCUGAAUUAAUGUCCUCGCUGCAAAGCCAGCUUGACCUGUUUGCUCAGCAGACUCAGAAGAACUUAAGUAAUGUACUCGCAAAAAAUGGAAGCUUGAAGACAAGCAUCGCUGCUGUGCAAGAAAAUGUUCACUUGAAAACUACAGACCUAGUCAGCAGUGCAACUUCCAAUCACAGCAAAUUUAUUGCAUCUCUGGAUAACUUCUCUCAAGAGCUCAGGAUCAUAAAUGCUGAAAACAAGGUGAUGCUGGAAGAAUCCACUGACCACUGUCAAAAGCUUCUCAGCAAUCUCAACAACGUGUCUCAGGAUACUGAUAAAUGGGGUGAAUUUACAACUGCUCAGAUAGUCGACUUUUCCAAUCAGCAGCUAUUGUCCUUCAAUGAUGAGAAACAGCAACUUCAGUGUUUACAAAAGAAAAAUGAAGAAAACUGUGAUAAAGCAAUAGCUGAAAUUGCUGACCAUAUUGGUAGACAAAAGGCUGCUGAGGAGAAGGUACUAAAUGGCCUUCUUGAUCAGAUAAAGGUUGAUCAGGAGAUACUUCUGGAGCAGAAGCUGGCACUUAAUGAGGAAGCACAACAUGGACUGCUGCAGGUUAAUGGUUUCCUGCAAGAGGAUCUUAAAGUGGAUAUUCCAACAGGGACAACUCCACAGAGAAGAGACUACUACUAUCCAGUCACACUUGUGAGAACAGAACCCCGAGAACUUCUUCUAGAGCAAUUAAGGCAAAAUCAAUCAAAGCUUGAUGCUAUGCUAAACAGCGUGACAAAGGAGGCAGAGGAUAAUGCUGAUCAGGACCUGUUGGAAGAGGAGGAAGGGUUUGAAGAAUCCAAUGAAAGCCUUGCUAGUGACAAAUCCUUAGUGGAUGCAAACAUAUGCUGCCAUGCAAGUGGCGGCAUUCCCUUUUUUCAGCACAAAAGGAGUCACAAAAAGGAUAAAGAGAACAAAACUGCAGCUACAGUGGAGAAGAACAAAAUAGAGGAUAUGACAGAACAGUUUCUUCCCAAAUCUAAGCCUCCUUUAAGAUCACUGAACUAA